AGGUAGAAUUGGCAUCUUAAUCAUAUCACCUAUCUCCUUUGCAUGAGCAGGGACACUACUGCAGUUCUGCUGAAUACACACUACCCAAGCAAAGACUUUGUCUUUGGUUCUGGAAUUUAGUCAGGUCUGGGGCAGAAGCUGUAGCCUACACCAGUGUGAGCAUGACAAACCACGGAGAUGACUGCUACUUCUAUUUCUACUCAACUUGUACUAAGGGAGAUAGUUGCCCUUUUCGUCACUGUGAGGCUGCUAUGGGCAGUGAGACUGUCUGUAAUCUCUGGCAAGAGAACCGCUGUUUUCGCAAGAUUUGUAAGUUUCGUCACAUGGAGAUCAAGAAAAAACGCAGUGAGAUUCCUUGCUAUUGGGAGAAUCAGCCAGCCGGCUGCCAAAAGCCCCACUGCGCCUUUCACCAUGAGAAGCCUCGUUUUAUUGAUGGGGUUUAUGUUCCACCUAGUAAAGUCCCAAUCUUAAGAAAGGAGGGGGGAGAAGAGGCCCUCUUGAUUGACCCACUGCCUCCAGCUCCUGCUCCUAUAGCCAGCCCUGCUAACCCUCAGCUUCGUGGAGUGAUCAAGACUGAAACCUUGGAAAAUGUACCAAGUCCUACUCACCCUCCAGUGGUCAUAAACACUGUGGAUGAUGAGGAUGAGGACGAGGAUGAUCAGUUUUCAGAGGAAGGCGAUGAUCAUAAGGCAGGAUCAGAUGCAUUGAGAAUUGUCUCAUCCAGGAAGUUAAGUAAUAAUCAAGGUGAUUCCUUGAAUUUUGGCAUUAAAACACUCGAGGAAAUCAGAUUAAGGAAAGCACUGAAGGCAAAUUUGAAGAAAUCUGGACAGCUUUCUGUCCAGGCCUACAGCAACAAUGGAAUGAAUGUAGAGAAGGAGAACAUCAGAGCUUCCCUGACAUCAGCAAUACUCACAGCCAAAGAGGAUUGCCAACUUCUGACUGAAAACCCGCCAAAACGUCAGAUUGGUGACAGACUUGGAAAGAGGAAGGUCUCCCCCGGAGAUCAGCUUGUCAGUGCUAGCAUAGAUGAACCAGAAGAGACAGACUUCCCCCUUAAACGCCGACUUGGGGAACGCCUUGCUCAAAAGUCAGUACGAAACCGACUGGGGUUGCCAGUAGAAUCUGCUUGCUCUGAAACUGACACUUGUACUGAUGUAAAAUUGCAUGGAGAGAUCCGGAUAAAGACCCUUGAAGAAAUCAAGCAAGAAAAGGCAAGCAGAUCACAGGAGCAAGCCAGAACAGGCAGUAUUUGCACUACUGCUAAACCUCCUGGCCCCCUGAAAAGACCUGGCAAGGCAUUGGCCAGCCCCGACAUCUGGAAAUACUCAGAGGUUUUCCAUGCUAAAAAAAAACUGGAAGCAAAGAAGAUAGCCAGUGAUUCUGAAGCUUCGUUGUCAGAAAAGAAAGAUAUCCUUGUGGAUAUGGGUCCCCAGGAUGAGGCAUCGGCUAAAAUGGAGGAAGUCAGGGUAAAGACAUUGGACGAGAUUCGCAGGGAGAAAGCAGCACGGAUGCAGGCCAAAGUUCAAGAUGCCCAAACUGAGAAGCAGCCUUCUAUUGACAAAGGAUUCCCCAAGAGACGAAUACUUCGCAUCAACAAAUCCAUGGCUACAGAUGCUGUUAAAAUUAAUGAGCAGAAGACACAUGCAAGCAUGGAGCAAUCAACAGGGACUGUUGACAUAAAGAUGAUAGCAACCAACGGAAAAGCAUGUUCUUCAGGAGAGAAUGUCAAUGUGAAAUCCUUUGAAGAGAUUAUGAGAGAGAAGAAACUCCGCAAGCAGCAGAUGGAGCAGGUAGACUCCUCCCUGCAAUCACAGCACAGCUCAGUCUUAGCCCAAGAACAAGCUAUACAGAAGGGAAAAUCCCUCAUCGCAGCCAGACCCGGAGGGAGUUCUAUACCACCGGAGUCCUCUACGAAGCCUAAGGCUUUGCUUGGAGGUGGACAACAGAUGAUUGCACUUAAACAAAAAGAGAGUGCACCUGUCCCUCCUGCAGAACAGAAUAUUGUGGUGUCUACAUCCCUGGAAAAACAGGUGGAUCCUCCCUCCACCAGCCCCAUAAACUUUAUAUCUUUGCGGAAAAGAUCCCCUCCUGUGCCCCUGCCAGUUCAUAACCUUGUUCCUGUGGAGCCUCAGGCACAGGAGGUUGUCCUCAAGAAGUCCGCUGGGCAGUUACCUGAACCAAAAGUGAGACCUAAACUGAAUGUGAAGCCAUCUAUUAUGAAGCUUGCCACACAAGUACAGCUUACCCAGAAAAGGAGAGAACCAGAGAGCCCUCGAUCUGCUGUUGCUGCAGUAAAGCCACUCAAUAGUACAGCUGUGGCGAUCCAGUCUCGGGAGCCAUCAUGUAAUCGUCCUGCAAUGUCAGCAUCCACAGGAACUUUGGACACAAAUGUACAAGGGAGCUCUCAGGUCCUUAAGUCCUUGGUUAUGGAAUACUCGGUGCAAGGUCCUGGUGACUUAGCAUUAGAUCUUGAAGAAUCCUCCAGACUGCAGCCUCAGGUAGUCUCCAUCACAGACCAGAGAGGAACCACUUAUGAACCUGCUGUAUCACCAACUAAAGACACAUCUAAGAGCACCUUUGCUAUAUGCAAGACACCUAGCCAUGGUAAAGCCCGUCGUCUAAGCACAGUGUCUGCACGUGCUUCUAGCUCUGCAGUGGAUGACUUUGAUGAGCUGAUGAAUGAAUUCACCGAUGACCGUCUAGAAGAUGAGAUGGAACUAGACCCUGGCAAGGGCGAGGAUGACCUCCUGUUGGAACUUUCAGAAAUGAUUGACAGUUAAAAUAUUUUUAUUGUUCCUCAGCCUCCAACUUUUUUGUAAAUUAAACAAGUCAGGAUAUAAGGUGCAACUCCUAUGUCAACACCAUAAUGUCUGUUCUGCUUGAUGAAUUUGCAAUUUUUUCCCUCUUAGCACCUGAUUAUUUUAUUUUUUUAAAUGAAUGGUAACUUCACAUAGUACCCAAUACAUGUAUAGUUUCUUUAUAUUUAACAUUUAAAUGUGCUUUUCAUGUUCCCAGAGGGAAUUGUGUAUUUUACUGUAUUUUUCUGUUUUGGGUUUAGUAGCUAUCGUCACCAUUUAAAUAUGGAAGCUAAAUACAAGCCUCACCAUUUUGGUUGAAUAUGGCCAUAUUCAUCCACAUUUCCUCUGGUUUCUUAUAUUUGGUCAUCACAGAACAAUUAUGCUCUAGUUAAGCAGGAUUUAAAGAAACCAUGCCGAGUGUGUGUGUGUGUGGCCUAUACUUAAGUCCAAUUUCUUCCAGUAUUUCAGACUAAGUUAACCUUUAGAAUCAUGUUUUUUUUUUUGAUGAGGUUUCAUAAGUAUGGAGCUUACCUGUAGUUUUUAGAAUGGGUUUCGGGUUUUGUAUUGCCUGGAAUUUUUGCUACAGGCAAGUUGUCAUAUGUUAUUUUUACAGAGCCUACUCUAAUAGAAUUUAAUAUGUGAAUAUUUAACUUACAUUUUAUAGACCUCAAAGCCACCACUGAGGAACAUUCAGGACUAUGUCUGGAAAUCUUGGUUCCAUUUUAAAAAUGACGGUAACCUGGACACACAUGAAACACUGGGAUUUUUGCAGGUGUCCAUACAUGUUUGACAUCUUCCAAGAACGUAUAAGUGUAUGCUGUAGGCUUCUCAGUAUGAAGACUAGCUCUAGAAAAACUUACAUAUAUUAAAUAGCGUUAUGAAGGGCUGUGAAUUGACUUACAGGGAGACGUAGUAUUAACUAUUAAGCUGCCUGCAGACGGUUUAGAAAUAUAUAGCUACAGACCCAUCAAUUAAAUCUUGCAAUAGACAAAUAACUUCUGUUAAUGGUGUUUAAUUUUUGUAUAAAGUUACUUGAAUAAUUAAGGGUCAUCUUUGUCAUUUACAACGGAAUCUAAUUACUGAUGUAUUAAUAAAACUUGCUUUUAAAAUUAAGUAAAAACACCACCCCCCGCACUUAAAUAUAAGGUGCUUCUCAGGGAAUAAAUGCUGUUUCAAUAUGCUGAUACCCACAUUGAGCUUCUGCUGUAAAUAAAAACGUUUGGUUUUGGCCUCGA